AUGGCAAUCACAAAAUUCGUCUCUCUGGACCAUACCAGGAUUCCAGGAUUUCCAGACGCGCCAGUUCAUCUAGACAGAGCACCCAUCAAAAUGGUCGACGACGUAGACGCAGGGUUUACCCAACACACCGAUACCAGCAACUUGACCACCGCAGUUGGCAUCACCACAAUCCUAUUUCGCUGGUCUCCUGACGCCUUGCACGCGUUUCUCGACAUCGACGCUUGGUUCUCUUUUACAUGGCAACUCACAAUCUCCUCUGUUUGCAAAUACGAAAUCGGAAGAGUGGAAAACCAAAUCACGAUUGGAAAACUCGAUGCCGAGGGCGAAAAGUGGGAAUUGAUGUUGACGUACAAUAUCGCUACUCAAGGACAAGACAGAGGCAAAUGGAUCCCCAAUACUGCAGAAAGCAUGCUAGGCAACACAGACUUGACCGAUGCUGCUCAAAUCGACAGAUUGGCGAGAAACUUUGCAAAAGAUUUGUGUUUGCAGGAGGUGUGGUUUACGAGUAAAGGGCGCAAACAUGAGUUGUUUGUGGAAUAUGCCUUGAUGGAUCCGUUUAGCGAUGGGAUACCGAUGAAUCCGCAUUGGUUGUAUGAUGCGCCUAAUGUGGGGCAUUGCACUACUUGCGAUGUCUAUAAGGAUGUUAAGCCAUUGCAGCGCUGUGGGAGAUGCGGUACAGCGGCUUAUUGCUGUGCGUUGCAUCAAAAGCUGGAUUGGCCGGUGCACAAGACUACCUGCAACAUGAGUCUGGAAGAUAGAGGGCAAAUGUUGAAGAUUUCGCAGCAUGGAGGGCUUGUGGGAUGGGAUCUUUCUCAGAGGUUGGAAAACGAAGAUGAGGAGGAGCCAAAGGGAGAGGAGGCACAGGCAAAGAAGAUGUCCAAGAACCCCAACUUUGUCACGCCGCAGCUGAAGGGGCAGCGUCAGACGAAUUUCAGCAUCAAUAUGAUGUAG